AUCGUGGAGCCAGCGACUCGACAAAUCACCAGCAUGGCCGACCGUGGCCAGCUCCAGCAUGCGCGGACCAUCUUGAUCAAGGUCGGUACCGAGGUCGUCAACUCGCCCGACGGGCUCCUCGCGCUCGGCAAGAUGGGCUCGAUCGUCGAGCAGAUCGCGCGACUCCACAUGCAGGGCAAGCACAUCAUCCUCGUUUCGAGCGGCGCCGUCGCCAUCGGCAAGAUGGUGCUGCGCCGCCAGCACAUGCUCUCGGGGUCCAUGCAGGCGCACCUCAAGGGCCGCCUCGGUACCGCCGCCGCCCUCAACCCCAAGGCCUGCGCCGCCGCCGGCCAGAGCGGAAUGCAGUCGCUUUACGAAGUGCUCUUCUCGCAGUACCAUCUCGCUUGCUCGCAGAUUCUGACGUCCGACACGGACUUCCGCGUGCCCCAGAUUCGAGCCAAUGUCAAGGACACCAUUCUCGCGCUGCUCAAAGUGGGCAUCAUCCCCGUCGUCAACGAGAAUGACGUUGUCUCGCAGCGCCAAGUGCCACUCACCGACGCCGACGAGCGGAUCGCAUGGGACAACGACUCGCUCGCGUCCCUCGUCGCGCAGGAAGUCGGCGUCGACUGCAUGAUUGUCCUCACCGACACGGUCGGCCUUUACGACCCGUCGACCAAGGCGCUCGUGCACGAGUAUGCGUCCAAGCAGCCGUGGAUGUUUGCGCCGAGCUCGCGCGUCGGACCGCUCGGACAGCAAGACAAGGUCCUCGCAUGCGUCACGGCCGUCAACUCGGGCCUGGUCCAGGCUGCAGUCCUGGCGCCAGCAGCGCCCGGCAGCAUCGUGGAUGUCGUUGACGGCAAGACGAUCGGUACGCUCUUCAGCACGUCGCCCGGCGCGCUCCUCGAGCUGGACAUGGGUUUGAGCAAGCUGUAGCUACUCUUUGUCUUUGACACAGCUCUCACGUGCGACUUUGAAAGACAU